GCAGAGUCCGCCAAAAUAACAGUAACGCCCCUCUUACAAAUUCAAAGAAAAGAAAAACUGUCCUGCAUCUGCAAGCACCGUGAUACCAGAGAAGAUAGCAAGUAAAAAGCAGUCAAAGACAAACGUCCGAAAUGCGGAACAAAACAGCGCUAGUUUGCUCGCCGCACGGACCAUUCAGCUCGGUCCACCAUCAGACAGUACUGCAAUUCGCUGCGAGAUCCAGGGCACCAAGUGACCAAGAGCACACAAUGGAAGAUAAGACAUUAAGGUGUCUCCAAAACAAGAGCCCAAGAUUCACAUUAGGAAGUGUGGGGCCAUAUGACAUUCAAGUGAACAGUUUGAACAUUUUAAUGAGGGAUGAGCAAGUUUCUGACGAGGUCAUGAAUUCCAUAUGUGAUAUCCUUAGCAAGGAUCGCCCAGGUGUUGUACAUAUCAAUUGUCAGGCACUCACGAAAAUACUGGAUGGAUCUAAAAGGGCAAAGAGCCACUAUUUUCUCAAGAACAACAUUUUGGAAAGGGCAACAGAGGUGUUUGGAGUGUAUCUCGAGAAUGGCAAUCACUGGAGCUUUUUUCAUUGCAAUGUUGACAGAAGGUGCAUCACCUACUUUAACUCACUUGGAGAGACAGAGUGGCAAUGCCAAGCAAUUGCUCAGCACUGGUCUGCAUUUGCAGCCUCAAGGGGAGUAAAAGGAGAGUGGGACCUCAAAACCACAAAACAUAAUUUGCAAACCGAUUCAGUGUCAUGUGGUAUCCACACACUUGCAGUUGGCAAAAAAGAUGUUCCACCCAAUGUGCUGCAGCAGCCUAGAAAGGCAAAGACAAAGGUGACGAUAUUCAGCACUUUAACAGAGGGAGAGGCGGAAGACCUUGCCAAGGGGUUUGGAAUGGCACUGACCAAACUUGUGCCAAAAGACCAACUACUUUCUGGGAUACAUGAAGAGGACAUCCCAGCAACACUGAGAACCAUUGAACAAAUGAAGCUUAAUGUGCAAAACCUUGGCCCUGAAUCAGAGCUGGAUUUGGCCACUCACCGCUUUGGACCUACAGCAGCUGAUUUUUUCUUUUCCUUUUUAGAGGACUGUAUGAAAAAAACUCAGCACCCAUAAGGGGCACACAUAUACUAAUGUGGAAGUCACAUCAUACAAAUCAGUUCAGAUUUGUAAACAAAAACAGGAAAGUUCAGAUUACUUGAUCAUAAUUUGAUUUUUAUUUCAUUCUAGACAAAUACAAAAUACAAAGUUUUAUUUUUGUGGUCAGUUUUAUAGUAAAUAUAUAUUGGAUUACUGAAGGUAACAGAGAUGUAUUAGAUAACAAAUACAAAGUUUGAUAAAAAUGGCAAAAAUAUGCACUUGAAUAAAACAUUUCUUUUAAACUUUA